UUGGCUUCUACUACUGACGAGGAAGAGAAGGCGUUUAUGAAAUUGGAUUCUAUAAUUUCAUCUGGGGAAUUGCCCAGUGCAAUUGGCUGGGCUAUAGGCUGUGGCUGCCACCUUGCCCAGAAAAAAAGCGAUAUACUCGACAUGUGCCACAAACUGAAGGGCGCCUUCAGUGGGAGGGUGCUAAAGAAUUGGGGAACGGUAUAUUUUUUGGACCAGCUUCUGCUGGAAGGUGAGUACAUAAAAGUGGAUGACAUAAUCGAUGAAAUAAGGGUCAUGGGGGAUGACAGAAGUCACCCUUCUGGCCAAGGUGUACGAUCUAAACAAGUCCUGUUGCAGACAAUAGAAGAGAUCUUGAAGGAAAACCCGUUGAGAAGGUGUAUUAUGCCAGAAUGGCUCGCAUGGAAGAGUGGCUCAAGCACGCGCCACCUAUUUAAGCGCGCCCCUUAAUACGCAUGCGCACAGAAAUAUGCUCAGACCCGCCCAGCCUCGCCU